GUCCCUCUGGUGUCCAAGGAGGGGCCAGAGGCGCACAGCAUAGACCUCCCAGGCUGGGGGCACCUGGGUGGGAGACUUGGUGGAAGGAUGUGGCCUGUUGGGUUUGGUAUGUCAGAGGGAAAGCAGGUCAGGAUAUAGGGGCAGGGGGGUCUGGAGUCAAGGCCCGGGUGCCAUUGGACUGGAUGCUGGAGGGGGCAGGUAGAGGAUGUGGAAUGACCAUGGCAGCUUUGUGUGAGGACAGCGGUGGUCAGCUGCCACCUUCAGCACAGAGAGAAACCCGACACCCCGCCCCCAUUACCCUCCGGGGAGGGGCCCCGGCUCCCCCGAGCACCAGCCCUGCUGAGACCCAGGAGCCCCUGCACCAAGGCCUGGGCCCGCUUAGCCGCAGUGGGGAGCCUAGGAGGCCCGGACUGCCCGCGAAGAACAGGAGCAGCACCCGCAGGCGGGAGGGAGGGGCCUGGCCUCGGCGGCGGGCAGGGAGGCGGGCGCAGGGCGGCGGGCAGGGAGGCGGCUGCGGCGGCGGGGACCUGGCCGGAGGGGCCGGGGCGGCCGCCUGCGGUUUCCAGGGAGACGGGGGCGGUGCCGAGCGCGGCGGGGCGGGGGCUGCGGGAGGACGCUCGUCCCCGCGCCGGGAGCCGCCGCCCUCGGCCGUGCGCGCCAGUGCGGCUGCGGCGCUGCCCGGGGUGGCUGCGGCCAGAGUCUCCCGCGCGCCCGGCGGACCGCAGCCCGCCCUCGCCCCCCGCUGGCUUUUCGCCUCCCGCGAGCCCUUCCGCCCGGCCCCGCUCCGCCGCCUUUCCCCGGCCCGAGCACCUGCACCCAGAGCCCGCGCGCCGCCCGGAGCCGCUGGAGCCGCCGCUGCGAAGGGGGUCCCGCGUCCGCCGCCGCGCUGGAAGCCAGGCCCGAGGACCUCUCCCGCGGCGCCACCGCACCCGCAUCCGCAGGCGUGCCACCCCCAUCUCCACCCGCUCCUCGUCCCCACCGCCUCUGUCCCAUCCUCCGCUCCGUCCUGACCCCCUUGGCCGCCGCAGCCCCAUCCCCUUUCCGCCCCUCCUGUCGGGAGUCCGUGGCCCGUCCCCGGUCCCACCCCACCCAUCGCCCCAGCUGCACCUACCCCUACCCCUCCCGGGCCGCAUCCCAGCGUCCCCGCCCCCACCCUCCGCCCCGCUCCCGCAUCGCCUGCCGCAGCCCCGGGGCCCCCCUUCCUCUUCCGCCAGGCCCAUCCCCCUCCCCCGGGCUGUCGCAGCCCUCUGAGCCCCCUCCAUCGCCCCCGUGCCUGCCGCACCCACUGCGACAAGCCCCUUCCCCGCCAAUCGCAGCGCCCUCCUCCCCUCGCCCGCCCGCCGCAGCCCCCUCUCCCCGCCCGCCCCCUCCCCUCCCCGCCGCGCCCACUGCACCAGUGCCCCCUCCUCGCCGCGCCGCCAGCGCUGCUGCGUGUCCAGACCCCUGCGCACCCGCUCCAGCUGCGCGGUUUGCCGUCCUCGUCCCUGGCCGCGGCGGCUGGCGACUGGCAUCGGGGCGCCCGGGACCCCCAGGGCGGCGACGCUGCCGCCGGUGCCGCCGAGCCUUUGUUCCGCCGCCGGAGCCGGUUUCAUGCCUGUCGCCCUCGCAAGCAGCCGCGGGUGACAGGAGCCUUAGCCGGCCUGGGGCGUGGACCCUCCCACCCGGGGCAGAGGUGUCCCUACGACGCCCCUCGGUUUCGGGUCGCAGUGCGUGGUGGAGGUUCUGCGGCGGCGGAGGGGCUCCUUGGCGACGCUGUCAUUUGGGUGAAAUGGUGGCAGGGGGCUUCGGGCAGAUGGCAGGGGUGUGGGGAGGGGAGGGAAGCACGUUGGGGUGAGUCUGGGGGCCGUGGAUGCCGUUGAGGAGCUGAGAUGCCGUGGCCGGUCCACCUCGCAGGUGGGGCCAAGGCUGCCUCUGGCUCAGACGUCAGGAGCCCAGGUGGACAGGGACUGGCCAGGGGCGCAGGCUUCUUAGAGGAUGGGGUAAAAGUGAGGAAAAGAUCCCCUGCAGCCUGGGCAGUGGGUGGUCCCCAGGAAACCUCCUGGGUCGUUUGUCCAGUGCACCCUCACCCCAGGAGGCUGCUGGACGUGCCGGAGGAUGCCACAGCCACGGGAGCUGGUUGGGGUCCGAGAGCAGAUGGGCCAGGGGCUGGGGCAGGCUUCGAGAAGAGGGUUCGGGCUUGGGGAAAGCCUUCGCGGCCAUCGGCCAGCCAGGAAGGCCCCGUUGCCGGGUGCAGAGCUGAGUAGAGGGCAGGAGCGGGGAGGUCUAGGCUCUUCCCUUGCGUGUUGGGAGGCUGCGGUGCUUGGAGCUGUGCACACAGCCCUACUCCAGCACCGUGGGAGGCAAUGCAGGCUGACUGUCCACGCCAAAUUCCGGUAUCUUAGGCAUUCGAGUCUGUUGACACUGAGUAUCUAUCUAGGACGAGGCUGUAAAGGUGGAUAAAGCCGGCUUUACAGUCUGCACCUCCUGUGUGAGCUGUGGAAGCUUCUGGAGGGAUGGGCGUGGCGUGGCGCCAUCAUCUCUCUGCAUUCUCCUUGGGAGGGCUCCAGAGCCACUGGUCACGGGCAGCUGCCAGGCUGGGUCUGGACAAAUGAGGUCUGGGUCCAUCAUUGGGGAUGGGGGCCACUGUCAGGAUGGGAGUCUCACCUAAAGCUUUGGGGUGAAGGUGCUGAUGACCAAGGGGAAACUGCAGGGUGGGGACAUGUCAGCAGGGGACGAGAAUGCGUGACCUAAAAGGUGUCUAAAGUUAAAGCUGGUGGGGGCUUAGUGAGGAGCAGCAGAGUGGGGUGGUCCAGAACCAUCAGGAUCAGGAGGGGGAAGAUGGAACGAGACAGCAGCUGCCUACGGGCCAGGGAGCAAGAGCUCUGGGCUUUAACCUGAGGAGCAGGAGCCUGGGAACUAGAGACUCUGGGUUUGAGGUGGGGGAUGAAUCUGCCAUUAAACAAAUAAUCCCCUUCCCCCCCAGAAAAAUCCUCAGAGCACUGGGGAAGAGAAGUGUCCCAGUGACUGAGGGAGGGGAGCGCUGUGGAAGCAUGGGUCGGCUACAGCAACUUCAGCCCAGGGAUCAGGGAAGAGAGGGUCCAGUCCCUGGCCCAGCGGGGAGCAGGCCCGGUGACCUUGACCUGAGCAGCCCCAGGGCCAGAGGGAGGGGUGGGCCGGAAGGGCCCAGAUGCCUCCCUGCGCGGGGGGAAGGGGAGGGGCUGCCGGGACUCACCCCCUAGGUUGGAAAAUGCCUCCCUCUGGGUUGGAGGAGGAGAAAGGCCAGGAAGGAGAGGGAGAGGGACAUGGGGAGGGUUCCCUCCUGGCCUGAGGCCUCUCUAUCCCCAGGUGUUGAGCUGAGAGAAGUGGUGGGGAGGCCCCGGGGUGGGGAGAUUUAAGAUGACAGCUGGUCUUGGGCACAUUGCUCUCCAUUCAGAAAGACCCCAGCCCCUGGCAUUCUUCCAGGAGGGGGCUUGCUUUGCCGCCCCGCAGGGGGACUCUCCAGAGCCGGCCUCUGCCAUCUCAUGUCCAGGACCACAACCUGCGGCCCCGGCCUGCGCUGGGCCGGAGCUCAGCAGAAGGAAGCCAGCGGGAGGCCUCCUGCCUUCGACUGCCGUGCGUCCAACCUGCAGCGGGCCUCAGGGGCUGCCUCGGUCCAGCCUGCCCGGGGCUCCCAGGCCGGCGACUGCCGUGCAUCCAGCCUGCAGCGGGCCUCGGGGCCGCCUCAGUCCAGCCUGCCCGGGGCUCCCAGGCGUUCACCUGCCGUGUGUCCAGCCUGCCGUGCGUCCAGCCUGCCGGGGGCUCCCAGGCCGGCGCCCGAGCUCUGGCUCCGUGUCUUCACUCCCGUGCUUGUCCGAGGAGGGAGGGAGGGACGGGGGCUGUGCUGGGGCGGCCGGAACAACGCGGGUCGCCGGGCUGGCUGGGCGAGGUGGCCGGGCGGGGCUGAGGGGUUGGCGGGGGAGGGUGAGGCGCGGGGGCCGGUGCGCGGCCGUGGGGGUGUGAGAGGUGGCUGACGGCGCCGAGGAGCCCCUCAGAACCUGCAGGUGGGGGGAGCUCCCAUAUCUUACGGGUGUUUCGGGCCUCACCUCUCCAUGUCUCUCGUCAGCCUCUCCCAUCUGCGUGGUGGGGGCUGGGGAGUGGGUCCGCCGCCGGGACCUUGCGAGGGAGGAGCACAGGAGGAGCCCGCGAGGGACGCCCCCCACCCCCCCUCCUAGGAGUGCCUGAGCCCUAGUCCUGAGUCUUGGACCAGCUCACUCGGUGCCUGUGGCCCAGCCAGCCUGGCCUGGGUGCCCUGUCACAGCUGAGCCCAUCUCAGCUGAGCCCAGGGUGUGUCACCGGGAAGUUCAGCUGGCACCUGCCACCCCCUCCCCCAG